AUGGAUUCCAUCCAUCUGAACCAGACCUUUCACCACUCUACCACAACCCACAGGUACCAAAUCCGAUGGACCUCUCUUGGGCAUAAUGCCUUGCCACCUCUGAUCUUCGUGCACGGCACCCCCUGGUCGUCCCGUGUCUGGGAUACCUACGCACGAUCAUUUGCCAGAUAUUUCCAUGUCUAUCUGUUCGACAACCCUGGCUUUGGCGAAAGCCCCCUUGGCCACCCACUCCCGGGCAAGGAGGGCGUCAUUACAAAAGAAGUCGCCUUGGAUGCCGAUCUGGCACAGCAGUCGGAGGUCUUCGCUGCGCUCUAUCACUACUGGGCUCUAGAUUGGAAACAUGACAGGGCCCAUGUCAUCGCACAUGAUCAUGGAGGGCUGAUGACCUUACGGGCUCAUAUAUUGCAUGGCUGCGAGUACGCAAGCCUGUGCCUCAUUAAUGUGGUUGCGUUGGGGCCAUUCGGUCAGCCGUUGUUUAAGUUGGUGGCGGAGAAUGAGGAGGUGUUUACCGCGUUGAGUGGCCCGGUUUUUGAAGGAGUUGUGGAAGCGUACAUUCGAGAAGCGGCAUAUACUGAACUAGGGAGGGAGACGAUGGACAUGUUAAAAGGGCCGUGGGUCAGUAGUGAGACAGGGAGGAGGGGCUUUGUGAGGCAGAUGGUACAGGCAAACAGUCGCCAUACCGACGAAGUCGAGGGGAAAUACCCAGAUGUCGGCAAGAAGAUGCCGGUCAGGAUUAUUUGGGGCAAGGAGGAUAGGUGGAUUCCGGUGGAGACUGCAAACAGACUGAAGGAGAAGCUGUGCGCUAAAGAUGUGGUAGUGAUUGAAGAAGCGGGGCAUCUAGUGCUGUACGACCAGGAAGGAAAGCUAGGGGUUGAGUUGGGCUGGUGGCUGGGCUCUUUAAGCCAGCAAUAG